CUGUGUGCGGCUAGCUGCUAAAUAAGCUAACGUUAUCAAGGCUUGCAGCUGUCAAGCCCCCAGCUCUUGCUGCAACGUGUUGGGGUUAGUGAUCAGAGUCCAUGUUUGUAGCUCGCUCCUUGCUCAAGAUGUCAAGUCACAAUCCUUUGUUGAGGCUGGAGCAGCGAGCAGCUGAGGCUGACCAGAUCAUCGAGUACCUCAAACAGCAAGUCCAGCUGCUCAAGGAGAAAGCCAUUGUCCAGGCCAGUGUCAGAGAAGAGAAGAAACUGAUGGUGGAGAAUGCCAAAUUGAAGAAUGACAUCGAGGAACUGAAAAAACAGCUGCUGGAGAAAGAGAAGAGGAGGGGAGUGCGAGAGGUGGCCAUGCCAUCAGCUGAAGCCAGUGUUGAGUGCAAUUCGAAGCCCACCCCUCCUAAACCCUCUGGUCCAGCACCCUCUGCCUCCCCUGCUGCUGCUGUCCAGAGCCCUCCUCCCAAAGAUGACAGUAAAAAGAAGAAGCCUGAGAAAAAAGGAGGAGAGAAAGCGGAGAAGAAGCAGGGAGCCCAGAGCCAAGAGGAUGCCAAGGUGGACGUGUCUCGUCUGGACCUGCGUAUUGGACGCAUAGUCACGGCCCAGAAGCACCCCGAUGCAGACAGUCUCUAUGUGGAGCAGGUUGAUGUAGGAGAGGCUGCUCCCAGAACUGUGGUCAGCGGGCUGGUCAAGCACAUACCUCUGGACCAGAUGCAGAACCGCAUGGCAGUUCUGCUGUGUAACCUGAAGCCAGCCAAGAUGAGAGGAGUUGUGUCCCAGGCUAUGGUCAUGUGUGCCAGCUCACCAGACAAAGUUGAAAUCCUUGACCCCCCGAGUGGAGCAGCACCAGGGGACAGAGUCACUUUCCAGGGCUUCCCAGGUGAACCAGACAAAGAGCUGAACCCCAAAAAGAAGGUGUGGGAACAGAUUCAGCCAGACCUACGCACAGAUGACCAGUGUGUCGCAACCUACAAGGGAGCUGCCUUUGAAGUCGUCGGCAAGGGAGUGUGCAAAGCCCAAACCAUGAGCAACAGUGGAAUCAAAUAAAAUAACAGGGCUGCCUGAAAUAGCUCAGUGUUUACUUUACUUGGCAAUCACCCUCAGUGAUGACCGCGAUGCUGUUGAGAAAAGGGAUGGUGAUAAAUGAAAGUAAAUGCCAUGAGAUGUUCAAUAAAGGGUUUUAAAAAUGA